GACGGAGUCAAAUUCCAUUGUUCGAAUUUCAACCUCAGCUCGCACAGCUGCACAUUCCCAACCCCUCAAUUGGCCUUGUAGAGGCUUUCUCCUCACAAUGGCAGCACGCCGGGUUAUUCAGGCGCUUCCGCUGCGUCAAAUUCUGCGACAACAGACUCCCGGAUCCCUACAACAGUUUCGUUUGUCGAGCUCUUCGUCGACUCAAGCCCUUGCGUACAAGGCUCUUCACCGAAAGGUUGCACCUUUGCCUACAGAUGACCGACCCCCAGCCUGGUCCGUUCAAGCCGCCGUCAGCAACAUCCUCUACGAAACGCCUGUUCCUUCCCGCGAUCCCCCAAAGAGGCACAUAUUGAACUGCCUUGUUCAGAAUGAGCCCGGUGUUCUCUCCCGCGUCUCUGGUAUUCUUGCUGCUCGUGGCUUCAACAUCGACAGCUUGGUCGUAUGUAACACCGAGGUUGACGAUCUCUCACGGAUGACGAUUGUCCUCCAAGGACAGGAGGGUGUCGUAGAGCAAGCUCGCCGCCAACUCGAGGAUCUCGUUCCUGUGUGGGCUGUCCUCGACUACACCACAUCGCCACUCGUGCAACGCGAACUCCUGCUCGCAAAGAUCUCUACCUUGGGCCCCGAGUACUUCGAGGAGCUUCUUGCCCACCACCGCGAGAUGACCUAUAUGCCAGAGCCUGAGGAAGGAUAUGAGGUCGAAGAAUUGUCCGAGGCUGACCGCGAGGCUCUAGCCGAAGCAAAUGCCCGCGACUCGCUCAGGAAGGACUUCCAUCCCAACAAUUUGGCCGUCAGCCAGGCUCUGAGACACAAACACGAACAUCUCCGCGCAAUCACCUUUUUGACUCAUCAAUUUGGCGGAAAGGUACUGGACAUCAGCACAAACAACUGCAUUGUGGAAGUAUCCGCAAAAUCCAGCAGGAUCGAUUCAUUCAUGAAGCUCAUUGCACCAUUCGGAAUUUUGGAGUCAGCUAGGACAGGUCUGAUGGCACUGCCUCGUUCUCCCCUGCAUGAUACGACUGAGAUCGAGGAGAAGGAGGCCGAGGAUGUUGUGGAUCAGAGCCAACUCCCUCCAGGUUAAGCGGCAGAAUGCAUGAAAAGAUUACUACUAAUAGGUG